UAAUUUUGUUUAUACUUGUGUAUGUUGACUUCAAUAACAUGACUUGUGGUUUUUCUGACUUCCUCAAUAGAGGGUGUGUUCAAUCAUAGGUGCUGUUGUUGUGUUGUACCAGCUAGUUAUAUAGAUCUAGCUCCUGCAAUGCAAGUACACACAGUUCUUAUUAUCAGCAUACAGCUGUUUUCUCUUGCUGCAGCCACACUGACAUCUAACUUCUACGUGGCUUGUCCUGAUGACACUGUCACCUUCACUUGCACUCUGCCUGGGAGUAGUUUUAUUCAAUGGGCAAUCAUGCAAGGAAAUGUUAUAAGCACUAUAACUUUAGAUGCCUCAUCAAGAGACAGGAAUGAAGGUGCAUUCCGUGGUGUUCUCACUGACACAAGUGGAGGAAUGCUCACUGCCACUCUCACCUCACUGUCUGAGGCCUCCACUGUGGAGGGUACCAUGGUGGAGUGUGUGGGAGUGAGCUCACGAGAGGGUCCUCUCACUAUCACUGUGGCUGAUCCACCCUCCCCUCCACUCAACCCAAGAGUAUCCUCUACUCUAAACCAACUCAGUUCCACUAUUAUCACUCUGGACUGGGACCCUCCCUCCUCCACUGGUGGUGUGUCUGUCAACUAUGUCCUCAUCAUCUCCCCAACACCUCUCUCCGUGUCACCAGUCACCGUGGAGACCACCUCAGCACAGAUAAAUGUUUCCUACAACACUCCCUACAAUGUGACCAUUAGAGCUGUCAACUGUGUUGGAAUGAGUCAAGAGAGUUUAAUUGAGGAUCUGGUGGUGUGCCCUACUCCAUCUACUGCUACUGGUGUGACUAUCACCAACACACCUCCGGUCACUAUUGGUGGAUCCAUGCUCACCUUCACUUGCAGUGGAGACAAUGAAGUGAGAACCUCAACCUGUGGCAGUAGUGGAUGGUUUCCUGACCCUGGAUGUAGCAGUCCAGUUACAGAUCCCCUAGUCACCUGUGGCUUUCCUGAUGCACCAUCCAGAGGUAUUGUGGACAUUAGUGGUGGGACACCACCCUUCUCACUGGGUUCACAGGUCAUCUAUCGCUGUGACAAUGGACUGUUCCCCUUUGAUGUGAGGACCAGCACAUGCACUGAUGUGGAGGAUAGGGGAGAGUGGGUGGAGAAUCCUGGGAGCUUGGUGUGCAGGGAGACACCAAUCAACUGCUCUCUACCUGAGGAGCCCUCCAACGGAACUAUAUUGAACUAUAAGAGGUUGAAUGAGACAGUGUUGGAGGGAACAGUGCUGACUUACCAGUGUGACAAUGGAUCCUCACUGACUGGACCCAACAUCAUCACUUGCACUAAUGCUGGAGUCUGGAGCAAUGAGCCUGAGGCAAUAAUGUGUGUGUCACCAACUGAAGCUGCCACCCUAUCAACUGGUGUAACUCUUGCCAUCAGUGUUACUACUACUUUCGUUGCGUCUACUAUCCUUGGAUUUCUCGCUGGACUCCUAGUGAUGUAUUGGUUCAGGCGUAAGAAGGCAGUGUACUACACAAGAAAAACAGCAUUAUCUGUUAUAGAACCCACUAAACCAGUUGAACCUGUUUAUGAGGAGGUGUCACCCAAAGAGGAGAUUGAACUGAACACUAACCAGGCGUACGGACCAUUAGGACGGUGAAUUAAACUUUGUGCUACUAACUUUUGAACUAUCAUUAUGCAUACAUGUUUUCUAGCCAGUAUUAUAAGUGUUUCACCUGCUAUAGUUUGCUAACCAUUUAAACAGUUAUAAUUAUAAUAACAUAAUAAUGUUUGUUAUAUAAUUAUAAUCUA